AUGAUUAAUCCUGAUAAUCUGUCAUCGGGACAGAUACAACGCAAAUUACGAGCUAAGGAAUUUAUUCUGAUGAACAAUCCCAAAGCCACCCAUGAGCUUUGGAUGAAUGAUAUUUCUUUGGUGGGUGUUAUCGACAAUGACGGAAAAGAACAAGUAUUUGAUGGGUGGACUGUUUGUAAACAUUGUUUAACAGCCUAUCGAACUCAUUCAAAGAAAGGUGCUACCGAAAAUCGAAAAAACUAUUGCUUAACAUCAUUACAUGCACAUGUCAAGGAAUGUCGCGUACGCUCUAACAAAACUUCAUCAUCAACUUCAACGGCGACAAGUGCAAUACAAAAACAAUCAGCUCCUGUUCAGACGUUAAUGCCUCGUUUUGCAUAUAACAAAAACCAAUUGCAUGAACAUUUGCAAAAGCAAUUGAAAGAUGCAGAACUAAAAUUCGUGACCGUUGGAAGUCAUUCAUUUAAUGCACUUGAAAAUGAUGGUGUUCUGGAACUGGCUCAAACUGCCAUUAAUAUUGGAGCCACAAUGGGUAUGGUGGAUAUUCGUGAUAUAUUUUACGGCCGAAAGACGAUUCGUAAUGAAACUAUAACAAAGUUCAAUCAUUUUUCAAAUACAAUUCGACAAGUACUCGAUGAACCAAUCAAAAAUCACUGUGUUGCUGCUACAUGCGACACGUGGACUGACGACUGCAUUAAACGAUGUUAUAUUGAUUUUACAGUAUUUUGGACCAACGACAAUUUCAAACUUUCACAUUGCUUAUUACGUUGCAAGCAUUUUUCUGAAGAUAGUAAAACAGGUAUCAAUAUUUGGCAAGAAAUCAAAUCUAUUUUCGAAUCUUUUAAUUUGUCGUUCGGUGACACACCAAUUGUCACUGAUCAAGGAAGUAACAUGAUUGCAGCUUUUAAUAUCACUCAGGAAGCUCGUCUUCCAUGUAUGGCACACCGUUGCAAUACUACUCUUGAAACUGCCUGGAAUAGAGAAGAUGCAAAAAAUCCAACAUUUGCUAUGUUCAAUGCUACAGUUCGUGAUAUACGUAAGUAUAUUAACCAGACAACUGGUAUUCAAGAUAAAUUACCGGAAACACUUAAAGGUGGUUGUGGCACGCGCCCUUGGCGAUCAUAUUUUGAUAUUCAUGAUUCAUUAAACAAUUCAUUUGAAGAACUUAAUAUUAUCUUACGUGAAAGGGAAGAACAAUACAGAUUAUUCAACAUCGAUCCUGUUUUAUUGAACGAAAUUGUUAAAUUGAUGCGUCCAUUUUCAAUGAUUUUUGACAAGCUCGAGAUAGCCGAUCAACCUACGUUGCAAAACGUGGUGCCUAGCUAUUAUCGUAUGUUAAAUGAUGUUCAAGUUAAUACUAAUGAUCAUAAAAUUAUUAAUGAAUUAAAAUCCGAAAUACGAUCGUGUCUUGAUGAGAAAUAUUUACCUUCUAUUUUACAAAUUCAUUGGAUUGUCCGAAAAGGUCUUCAUAUUUUGGCAUCCGAUAUUGUCCAUCAUUCGAAUAAUCAUCCAUCGUCACAGGAUUCAUUUCAUAAUUCACCACCAUCAAAGCGAAUGAAAGAUGAUCCAUUUGCUGAUUUUCGUAAUAAAAGAACCACACAAAAUACAUCGAUUUGUGACCAAUCGGCAUUGAAAAAAGAGCUGGAUCGACAAAUUCAAAUAUAUGACAGUAUGGAAAUCGAUAAUAAUUACGACAACAAUCCAUUUAUAUUUUGGCGUAAUCAUAAAGAUGAUCUUUCGUUUCUUGCUCAAAUUGCAAAAUCGGUCUUGGUGAUUCCUGCUUUGUCGGCCGAGAGUGAACGUCAUUUUUCGAUUGCAGGGCAAAUUGUCACGGAGCUUCGAAGUUCACUCGAUCCUAAUUAUGUAGAAACUCUCGUGGUGCUCAAAGAAGCUUAUAUAAAUAAAAUGUGGCCAACGGUGGUAUGA